CUGUGAAUCGGUUUAGUACAGACUAAACUUUAGAACACGGCUAGCUAUUAUUACUCGAGACUAAUGUUUUUGAAACAUAUUUUAAUUCCCACACAUCUUUAGGUCAUAAGAGACAAUAGACAUGUUUGCAAGGAAUUUUGCUGUCAAAUAUAAGCCAAUCAAGUCCAAUUUUGUGGAUCUUCCAGAAACAUACAAAAGAUUAGUUUCGACAUGUAAGACUGGAUGUCUUUUGCUGCAUUUCAGCGAUUAUCGGACCGGACAGUACAAGAGUGUUUAUGUGUCAUGGUCGAACAACAUUAGAGCUACAAAUCCAUUUGAGGAAGAGGAACUUGGCAUUAAUCCACAAUUAGCAGAUCUCCUAGGAAUCAAGGAUGGCAUCAAUAUUUCAUGUUCAGUCAUUCAAAGUGCCUCAACUUUAAAAUCUGUGACUAUAAAUUUAUCAGAUGAAGAUUAUCAAGUUGCUGAAUGUUCAUUAGACAGAAUCCAAAAUGACAUGCUGGAUCAAAUCUCAAUUGUGGGUCGAUAUCAACCGUUUGUUAUAUGGCUUAAUAAAUCCAUUUCCGUAAACGCUGUCGUCGAUAAUUUGAGUCCAUCUUUCAACUAUGGACGUAUACAAAAUGACACUGAAAUAUCAAUAAAUAGGAAAAUGACCCAAGCGGACUUUAUGCGACAGAAAACGAAAACUGCAAACGAUUCAGACGCAAAGAUGAAGCGACGGAGUGUCAUCGAAAAAUCAGAGACUGUGGAUUUUUCAAAUUAUCCACAAAGUUUAAGACGUAAUAAUAGUUUUAUUGAGUCACGCAAAUUUUUGGACGCACCAGACAUAAAUGGAAGUAGUCGUCGGACAUCUAAUGGAUGGGAUUCAUUGGAAAUGACUGCUAAGAAACCUCCAUCGGUUAGUCCAAGAAGUAGCAUUAAGAGACUUACAUCGAAGGAUAAUGACAGUGCAAAAACAAGUGUUAAUGGACGUAGUGAGAAUGUGAUAGAGUCAGUGCCAAAGAAAAUUAAUCCAUUGAUUCCAAGUUCAAGUUUGAGUAAUAUUAAGUCAUACGAGACGAAAGAAGAUAAAGAGUUUGUGCCAAUUUCAAGCAGUUUGAGUACAAGCAAUAUAAAGAGAGUUCAAGAAAAGUCAAAGCAGUUCCUCGAACAAUUAUCUAACACAGAAUCGCCAAAACGUAAAUUAUUAAAUAGUGUGAGUUCGAGUAGCAUACCAAAAAUUAUUGCCUCAUCAUCAUUAAUGUCGGAAUCAAAACAGAAUCAUAAAUUACUACUUGAAGACAUAAAGAAGGCACUAGCAAGAGAAAUACAGAAGCGUUAUUUUAUUAAGAUAAAAAUUGUAAAUGAUAAGAAAAAGGCACAGAAAUUCAUGCAAAUUAAUGAUAUCUACAUUUCUAAGUCUGCAGCGGUUAAUAUCAAUCAGAUCCAUAAAAUACAUACAAAGGAUGAUAAGGAAUAUCACGUACGUGUGAAAUAUAAUGAAAGUGUGCCUGAAAAUACAGCCGAAAUUCAUCCAGUACUAGCGAAAGUGCUCAACAUCCAACAAGGCAUACAAUUGGAAAUAAUAGAAACAAAACUCGUGUCUAACUGCAUUGAAGGCAUUGAGCUCAUCCCACAUUCAAAUAUAUCUGAAAAUAAUUUUGGCAUUCAAAUUGCAAAAGACAUUGAUGAGAAAUUCAAGAAAUACGUAAAUGCAAAUUCAAGAAUACUUCCAUUAAUCCUCAAUCAGAAUCAGAUCUUUAAGCUUGAUGACUAUCUAUUGACAAUUAAGUUAUAUCCAUUGUCAACAACAGCCUGUUGCAUCGAUAGUGAGAUCCUUCGUGAGGAUUUAAUUGAAGUAAUUAAGCGAGGAGAACCGCAUGAAUUUGCAGCCAUGUUGCAGCAAGAAAAAGAGAAAGAUAAGAGGAAUAAGAAGAAGGAUGAAACUGAUUUAUAUCAAUUAGAUAAGAUUGAGAAAAUAGUCAAUGACUUUACACAUGAUAUACAUCCAGUCAGCAAUAGAUAUCGAGUCAUGAAGUCAGAACAGAAUAAUAGCAUCCUCGUAGGUCCAACACAUUCAGGCAAGACGACAGUUUGUAAUGAGAUCCAGAAGAAUUUAGAGGAACGGAACAUUAGUGUGACUGUCUUUAAUUGUGCUCAAUAUAAAGGAAGAAAAAUUGAUUCAAUAAUUAAGGAUAUGAAAGCUACUCUAUUGGAAUGCCUGAAAACAUCACCAUCGGUUUACAUGAUUCAUGGACUGGAUACAUUGUGUUAUCAGUCACACGAGGAGCAGCAGUCACAAGAAGGCGAAUAUCAACAGAAAUUGGCAAAUAAUUUGAGGCACUUAUUUGAGGAAUUUACACACGAUUAUGGCAGUGCUGUAAACUUAUUAAUAACAAUUUCAAAAUUGUCAAAUAUCAGCAAAAUUAUCCACAAAAGUUUCGGAAGCUACUUAUUCAAGAAUGUCACUAAAAUACCAAAUCUUGAGGCUACAGACAGAAAAUCACUUUUUAAGCACUUCUUCGAGACAUCGUCAGUAAAAUUGGACUCAACACUUGACUGGGAUAAAUUUGCUAGAAUUACUGAAGGCUAUAAAAUUGGGGAUAUCAGUCAAUUUGCUGACCGUGCGAUUUUCUUUGCUUUUAAGCAUGAUUAUUCAAAUCCAGUCGUGACUGAAGAUAUUAUGAAAAAGUCAUUGACCAUUUCUAAUCAAUUAUGUCUUGAAGGAAUCAAAACAGAGACUGCAAAUGAUGAUGAUGAGAAACUUGAUCUGACUGAGAAAAUUCCAGGCAUGGAUGAUGUCAUUGAGACAUUAGAGGAAGUGCUGAUUUGGCCAACGAAAUUCCCAAAAAUAUUCAAAAAUUCGCCGUUGAGAAAUCAAGCUGGAAUUUUGUUAUUUGGAAUGCCAGGAAGUGGCAAAGGCUUUAUUGUGUCUCAAAUCACUAAACGAUGGAACUUAAGAUUAAUAUCCAUUAAAGGUCCAGAACUGCUUGCCAAAUAUAUCGGUCAAAGUGAGGAAAAUGUCAGAAAUCUAUUUGAAAAAGCAAAAUCAGCAAAGCCAUGUGUUCUAUUUUUUGAUGAAUUUGAAAGUUUGGCACCAAGACGUGGACAUGAUUCAACAGGCGUAACUGACAGAGUUGUCAAUCAAUUGCUAACAGAACUUGAUGGCGUUAAAAGUUUAGAAGGUGUUUCAAUUAUUUGUGCUUCAUCUCGUCCAGAUCUUAUAGAUCCAGCAUUGUUGCGUAGUGGACGUAUAGACAGACUAGUAGAAUGUAAACUACCGAACGGACAGGAACGAUUGGAAAUAAUUCGAUUCCUUUCAAAAUCAUUAACAUUUGACUCACAUGUUGAUUUUAAGAAAAUUGCUGCCAAAAUGAACAGCUUUACAGGAGCUGAUAUUAAGAGUGUCUUAACAACAUCGAAUAUGAGUGCAAUUGAACAGGAACUGAAUAAAAAUAAUGGCAAAUUUGUGGAACAAGUGCUUAUAACUCAGGAGCAUUUAGAAAACGCUUUUAAGAGCACUAGACCGUCAUUAAAUCAACAAGAUAUUGAGAAAUAUCGAGUCCUAUACGAUAAAUUUAAGAAUAAAAAGUCUGUAACGGUUGAAACGCCUCAAAGAGUGAGCUUAGCUUAAGCGCAGGCAUUUUAGGUGAUUGAUAGUUUUAUAAAUUUUUAAUUUUUUUAUUGAAAAAUGUUCGUUUUUGUUAUGUUUUGCCGGUGAUAGAAUUUAUUUAUUUUGUACCUAGACACUCGCUUAUAAAUGGAUGGCUUUCUAAUCUUGGAUUAAAAUUGGGAUUUGUUUAAAUCGGCGAGGAUUUAAAAAGUUCGUUAUUUUGAACCUCAAUUUUUGAAUUUUCAGUAGAUGACUUUUAA